UAAAACAAAACAGAUGGCACCACAAAUCAGCGACAGAGGACGUCAGCCGGAGAGCUAGCAGCAGCAGCAGCAGCAGCCCGAGGCGGAGAGGAGCCCACACAUUUCUAGGAGAGAGAGGACCGAGGAGGAAAGGCACCAGCGACGACUCACCUAGACGGCCCUAGUUAGUUAGCUCCCAGAUAAACCCGCUCAUUCAGUCAAUUUACAACACUUCCCAGAAGAAAAAAACAAAAACAAACGACGUUUCUUUGACAAAGAAGGUCAGCUCACCAGGUUGCAGACAAAGCUAUGGCCCAGGAGACCAAUCAGAGCCCGGUUCCUAUGCUCUGUGCCACCGGCUGUGGUUUCUAUGGCAACCCUAGGACUAAUGGCAUGUGCUCUGUGUGCCACAAGGAGCACCUAUCGAGACAGAACAAUGGAGGAGUGGGCCCUUUGAGUGCUGUGGGCAGCGGCAGCAGCCCCACAGCUGAGGCUUCUGCCAUCCAGAGGUUAGAGGCCACGCUGAAUAAUGCUGCGGCCGCCGCGGUCGCCGCUGCAGAGGUGGCAGCCGAGGCCGCCGCAGCCUCUGCCGAGGCCGCCGCCGUCACCGAAGCUCUCAGUGGAAUUUCAACUGCCAUAUCUGUAACGCAGCAGAUGACCGAGAUGAGUCUGUCCUCUGAGGAGAAAGAAGCGUCGGGGAGCAAAGUAGAGCUCACAGAGCCAGUGGUGACUCAGCCCACUGUCUCAACCCUUCAUCCCUCCACUGCUGGCAGUGAAGAGUCCAAAGACCCAGAACCCCCGAAACCCAAGAAGAACCGCUGCUUUAUGUGUCGCAAAAAGGUUGGCCUUACAGGUUUCGACUGCCGCUGUGGGAAUCUGUUCUGCGGAAUCCACCGUUACUCCGACAAGCACAACUGCCCGUACGACUACAAAGCCGAAGCCGCCGCCAAGAUUCGCAAAGAGAACCCCGUGGUGGUCGCUGACAAGAUCCAGAGAAUAUGAAGAGAACUCUGGCUUUUGACUUUGAAUAUCGGGAGGCUUUCAAAAGUGGACUCGAGCCCAACCUUCUCCUUGAAGGACCUGUUUUGUUUAGUUUUUUUUUUCUUCUUUGUUACACAUUCAGGACUUUUCCCCCCCACAGUGCAUGAAAGUUCACAUCUUUUCAGCUUUCAUUCUUGUUUGUGUGUGAGUUUAACACUUUUUUGCAGGGUUGUAUUGAACAAAGAAAUACUGUAUGAGAGGAUGAAGGUGAUGGGAGGUGACCGAGGGAGACAAAACGCCCUCGGAAGAAAAAAAGAGAGAAAAAAAAAAGCUCUAGAAUGGCCGCCCGGUCUGUUUUAGUGAUCCUCCUGAAAUCGCUUGAGCUCUUGUUUGGAGAAGGGCUCGGACACUCGGAGCCCGUUUGAACUGUUCCUGCUGUCGGCUGACGGUGAAAUCUCAGCCGUGCUUGCUCUCUGCUGGCUUGAGUAGCAAAAUGGAUAUCUUGCUUUUUUUUGUUUUUUGUCUUUGGCCUCGACGCCCCCCGAGGUCCGAGUCUAACCCUCCUGACUGGUGAGGUUUUAUCAAUCUGAAUGCUUCUCUGUGCCACCGGAGUCACACAGCUCAGACUUGUCGCUAGACUUUAAGGAAAAAGACUUUAUCGCGAGCCUUUUUUUCUUUUCUUCUGGUUUUUGCUGGUUUCUAUUCCCUCCCUGCUGCCGUGUUCGCAGCGCCAGACACACAGAAUAGUGACUCUCUUCUCUGCCGUUGACAUUGGACUGAUGCUGUGACCGUCUCUGUUCUGGAUGGACCGCACGUGGACUCGUUUUUUUUGUUUUUGUGGUCUUUAAAACCGUCCACCGAAGUCACGCGAGGAUACGUGUCAGCCGGCUGUUUCUCGGAUUCUGUUUGCUUUGUUUUCCAGAAAAGCGGCGCGUAUGCUGGUGUGUUGUUGUCGUUGUUGUUGUUGUUGUAGGAAGGGUUUAGCUCCACUAAUGUUUUCAUCUUUUACUUCACUAUUGAAUGUUUUCUUCUGUUUUUUAACGUGAGUUGGUGAAUUCACGGGAGCGAGUGUUGGUGGGAGUAGAAAGGUGGACGGCCGGUGAGCGGCUGUCGUACGAGGCUAAUCGGUUGUGUGCUGCGGUGACUUAGUGAGCUCGUAGGUUAUUAAUAAUUUUCCAUUUUUGUUGAUUUAUUUUGUUUCUUUUAUUUUGGUCUGGCUGCUUAAUCUGUGUGAGUUUGUGUUGUUUUUUUUUUUACCCUUUAGUUAUGCAAGUUUGUACAAACCUCUUUAUUUAUAUACUGCAGUGCGCGUAAUCUUCCAAUAAAACAGAAUCAAUUGUACGACGUAAAUAAAUUAUGUUCACAAAUAUACAA